AAGCUGAAAACCGCCCUAAAAACAAGAAGCCUAUUUUCCAUUUUUUUCUUCUGUUGGUUUUCCGCCUCUUUCUAGUUUCUUCUCCGGUGAGCCAAAGCAAAAAAGCACAAAUACUUGAAUUCUCAGAAAUUCUCGCGAGAGAGAGAGAUAGAGAGAGAGAGGGGGGAGAGAGAGAGAUAGCAAAGACAAAUUUCUUCUUAUCUUCCACUUUCACUUCGAUUUGAGAUGGAAAGCGGUGAAGAACUAACCGACAUACGGUCGGCGGCUGAUGCGCUCUCCGCCGAGGAACCCUCAGAGUCGCCACUUCACGAAAUCGAGAGCCUUUGCAUGCGGUGCGAGCAGAAUGGCAUUACCAGGAUUCUCUUGACUCGGAUUCCUCAUUUCAGAGAGUUAGUGUUGAUGGCAUUUGAGUGUCCCCAUUGUUAUGAAAGGAACAAUGAGGUCCAGUUUGCUGGCCAGCUUCAACCACGUGGUUGCUACUACCAAUUGAAGGUUCCUUCUGGUGAUCAACAGAUGCUUAAUCGCCAGGUUGUGAAAUCUGAUUCUGCUACCAUUAAGAUUCCGGAGUUAGAUUUUGAGAUUCCACCAGAAGCUCAGCGAGGCACGCUUUCUACGGUGGAAGGAAUACUUAAGCGGGCUGCUAAUGAAUUGGAGGCCCUUCAAGAAGAACGCAGGAAAGUGGAUCCGGAAACCGCCGAAGCCAUAGAUAAAUUCUUGAUCAAUCUAAGGUCCUUUGCUGAAGGAAGUGCUUCCUUUUCUUUCAUACUCGAUGAUCCUGCUGGAAAUAGCUUCAUUGAGAACUCGUAUGCACCGAAACAAGAUCCUUCAUUAUCCAUCAGGUUUUAUGAACGGACACCAGAGCAACAAGCAACACUAGGUUUUCUCGUUGAUUCAUUCGAGGAAACUGAAAUUCAUUCUCUGAGCAAUUCCCCAUCUUUUGAAAAAAAGCCUUUAGGGAUUGGAGCACAAGGGCUUUCCCAUGUUUCGGUUGGUGUUGUUGCUAGUCGACGUGCAAUUGCUCAAGUUAAUAGUGAUCGAGUUGCUGAAACCUUAUGUCGAUACUCGGCACCGGAAGAGGUUGAAGCUUUGCCAUCAACAUGUGGAGCAUGUGGGGCUGCAUGUGUUACACACUUCUAUGCCACCAAAAUUCCAUAUUUUCAGGAAGUGAUUGUCAUGGCAAGUAGUUGUGAUUUAUGCGGUUAUCGCAGCUCUGAGUUAAAGCCAGGCGGCGAAAUUCCGAAAAAAGGAAAGAGGAUAACUGUAAAUGUGCAAAAUAUAAAAGACCUCAGUAGAGAUGUGAUAAAGUCAGAUACUGCAUCUGUGAAAGUACCGGAGGUCGAGUUGGAGCUCGAAAGUGGUACAUUAGGCGGACUCGUUACCACCGUUGAAGGUUUAGUUACUAAAAUUAGUGAAAACCUUGAGAGAGUGCAUGGAUUUACGUUUGGCGACAGCCUUGAUGAAAUGAGAAAGAAAAAAUGGCAGGAGUUCAAAUCUAAACUAAAGAAGAUUUUAGAUUUGGAGGAACCAUGGACGCUUGUGCUGGAUGAUGCAUUGGCGAGCUCCUUUGUUGCACCAGUUACAGAUGCCAUAGAGGAAGACAAACAACUUAAUGUUGAAGAGUAUGAGAGGACUUGGGAACAAAAUGAGGAGCUGGGUCUGAAUGAUAUGGACACAUCUUCAGCGGAUAAUGCUUAUAACUCCACUUCCAUUGCAACUAUCUAUUAGAUUUGAAGAUCGUAA